AUGCCCCGUGGGCUGGGUGUGCCUCACCUUUUCCGCUGCCGCUGCCGGGGACCCCCGCUGCUGAAGCUGCCGCUGCCGGGGACGGGCCCGGUGGAGUUCAGCACCCCGGUGAAGGAUUACGAUUACGCUCCCCCCGCGCCCGGCCCGGCGCCGCACGGGGACCCGGCCGAGAGACCCGACUGGUACGUGGGUGCUCCCGUGGCCUACAUCCAGCAGAUCUUUGUGAAAGCCACCGUGUCCCCGUGGCAGAAGAACUUCCUGGCCGUGGAUGUGUUCCGGGCCCCGCUGUCCCGCGUCUUCCAGCUGGUGGAGGAGAUCAGGAACCACGCCCUGAGGGACAGUUCUGGAGUCAGGAGCUUGGAGGAGCUUUGCCUGCAGGUCACAGAUCUCCUGCCUGGCCUCAGGAAGCUGCGGAACCUGCUCCCGGAGCACGGCUGCCUGUUGCUGUCUCCGGGGAACUUCUGGCAGAACGACCGGGAGCGCUUCAAUGCCGACCCAGACAUCUUCAAAACCAUCCACCAGCAUGAGCCCAAGACCCUGCAGACGUCAGCCACUCUCAAAGACCUGCUGUUCGGGCUGCCCGGGAGGAGCAGCGGGGUCAGCCUGUCCAAGCGGCAGCGCGUGGUGUCCUACACCGUCACGCUGGCGCUGCAGCGCUACGACUCCAGGUUCCUGAGCAGCCUCCGCUCCCGCCUGAAGCUGCUGCACCCCAGCCCCAACUGCUCCCUGCGGGAGGAGAGCGUGGUCCACGUGCACUUCAAGGAGGAGAUCGGCAUCGCCGAGCUCAUCCCGCUCGUCACCACCUACAUCAUCCUCUUCGCCUACAUCUACUUCUCCACACGGAAGAUCGACAUGGUGAAGUCCAAGUGGGGCCUGGCUCUGGCUGCAGUGGUGACAGUGCUCAGCUCCCUGCUCAUGUCCGUGGGGCUCUGCACCCUCUUUGGCCUCACCCCCACGCUCAAUGGAGGGGAGAUCUUCCCGUACCUGGUGGUGGUGAUUGGCCUGGAGAACGUGCUGGUCCUCACCAAGUCCGUCGUCUCCACGCCCGUGGACCUGGAAGUGAAGCUGCGCAUCGCCCAAGGGCUGAGCAACGAGAGCUGGUCCAUCAUGAAGAACAUGGCAACGGAGCUGGGGAUCAUCCUCAUCGGGUACUUCACCCUGGUCCCGGCCAUCCAGGAGUUCUGCCUCUUUGCCGUGGUUGGCCUGGUGUCCGACUUCUUCCUGCAGAUGUUCUUCUUCACCACCGUGCUGUCCAUCGACAUCCGACGGAUGGAGGUGGGGAAGGGACACGGGGCCGGCCUGGGCUUCCUUCCCUGCUCACCCGAACCCUGCCCUGGCUGCCUGGUCACCUGGAGGGAUUCCUGUGUCUUGGUGUCUGUUCCUGAGCUGUUCUCCCCUCUCCCCCCCUUCAGGUACAUCAGCAUCCUGCCAGCCAUCCCUGUCACGCUGUACCUGAACCCACAGGAGGCCCUGGAGGUGCGACAUCCCCAGGAGGCCUCGCGCUACCACCCCUUCCUGGCCUCCAGCAGAGGGGAUCCGGACACCGGAGCUCAGCCCGACCACACAGCCAAGCUCCAGGGCCACCAGGAUGUCACCCUUUACAAGGUGGCUGCUCUGGGUCUGGCCUCGGGCAUCAUCCUGGUGCUGCUGCUCUUCUGCCUGUACCGGGUGUUCUGCCCCAAGAACUACGGGCAGAACGGGCACGGCCGCAGGAAGAGGGGGGACCUGCCCUGCGACGACUACGGAUACUCGCCCCCCGAGACCGAGAUCGUGCCCCUGGUCCUCAGGGGCCACCUCAUGGACAUCGAGUGCCUGGCCAGCGAUGGGAUGCUCCUGGUCAGCUGCUGCCUGGUGGGGCAGAUCCGCGUGUGGGACGCGCAGACGGGCGACUGCCUCACCGUCAUCCCCAAACCCAG